AUUAUCGUCAUUGGAUUUUUUUUUUAGUCAUGAGAAUCUCAUCAUCAAAUUGCAACCAUCAAUAACAACAAUAACCAUAAUAAUAGCCAAGUAAUCAACGAUUAAGGACAAUUUAUACCCAUAAACUUUGCCAACCACAAAUAUGGCUGAAAAUAUGGCUUCGCAUGAAUCACAAAUGUAUGUUGCACCUAAUCCUGAAACACAUUUCGAAGAAUUGUUUCGUGUAGUCCAACCAGAUGCUAACAAUUCGAACAUCAGAAAUCAACAAUGUACAAAUGUACCGAUGCGACAACGUAAUUUUCCCGAUUCAUUUUUUCGUCAACCAUCCUGUUCAUCAUCGACAUCACAUUCACGAGAAUCAUCAUUGGAUGCAACAUUCAAUUCCAAUUUUGUAAAUAAAAAUAAUUCAAAUUCAUCAAAUUUGGCAAAACCGCCGGCAACACCGAUCCAGGCAAAUUCAACACAACGUAAUGGCCGUCAUGUAUCACCAUCACCACCGUUUGUUCAUCAAAAAGCUCAUUCAUUACCGGCUUCAUUGCCGAAUCAAAAAUUUGUCGUUGCAUCAAUAACGAAUCUAGACAAUAAUAACAACAAAAGUCCGAUGAUUUCCGGCCAAAACGCUAUAAUAUCUCAGCGACAGCCCUUACCGCCACCACCGUUGCAACAAUUUCGACAAAAACAAUUGACAUUACCCAAUCAUAAUGUAACAAAUAAUAAUAAUUUCCAUUGUCGUCAACAAAGUUUUGAUAUUGAUAAGAUUUCAUUGCCUGAUGGUUGGACAAUGUCGUUCGAUUCGGAUGGUCAACGGUAUUUUAUUGAUCAUAAACAUAAAAUCACCACAUGGGAUGAUCCAAGAAUAAAGAUUACUCAGCAAAAUUUCGCUAAUCUUACUCAUACAUCAAAUUCAAUCAUUGAUCAUCCUGUUGCUUAUCAAUCGCAGCAGCAACAACAAAUUCAGCCCCCAUUCAUAGUGCCUAACAACAACAAUAAUAAUAACUACGAUCCGAUCCAUUUCACGACAUUGCCGGAUACAGGAUUCUUAUUCAAUUCGAAUAUGACGACGAUGCCCACAGAAAUUGCUUCGGUUACUGAAAAAAUGAAAGGACAAAUUCUUACCGAUGAUACGAAUCAAACGACGAAUCAACAGCAGCAACAAAUAUUUGAUCCACAAUAUCAAUACCUCACUGAAUUAAGAAUGGAAAGAGAAAAAAUGCGUAGCCGAGCGGAAAUUCUUAAAAGUAAUCCAAUGGUUCGUAGUGAUUAUAUACCAUCAUUACAGAUGAAAACAUCAUCGAGUAAUAAAGAUUUGUCAAAUAUUGAACCAUCAACAACAACCACAAUGAUGAUUCAUGGCCGUCAAGAAAGCCAAGAUUCUGGCCUUGGUGGAAGCGCCACUGGUACAUUGAACAGCAUUAAUUUUCAAAAUGAAGCUAAUUUAUUCAAUGAUUUUAGCUCUAAUGGACAUGUUGCCGAAACGUCUGGGCAACUUGAUUCAAAUGUUGUACAGUGUCUCAUGUCUGAAUCGGUCGACUUACUUAGCAUCACGGAUUUAGAUCUAGAAGGAUUGGAUAUAGAGCAAUAUAUCCAACAUAAUCCAAUCAAUAAUGAUCUUGGGCAAUUAUUUAAUCAUGAUGAAACGAUGACAUGGAAUGUUUGAUUCGAAUCAUCAUCAAUCAUACAACCAUCAUUCACUCAUGGUCAUCAUUGAUUUCAUCCAGAACACAAUCCAACAAUCUCAAAGUAUUUGUAGCAUCAAGCAUUUACCAAUGGACAUUUCAUUUUUUGAAUCUUAAUCAAAACUAUGAUCGUCAUGUCGAUUCUAUUUGGCAUUUUCUAUUAUAUUUAUUUAUUUCAUGAACAGACAAUCAGAACAGGAUGGCCUUGUUUGCAAAUUAUUCUUGAUGCAUCUAGCAUAGAAAACAAAUGAUGACUUGAUGACGGCAGCAAUUUCUUAUCAGAAUUUCAUGCAGACUGAUUCUAUUUGCCAAAUCUCAUUUGCAUCUAAUUUUAGACAACUUUAUUCAUUCAUCAAUGAAAAACCCACCAUAAUGAAAUAAGUGUUCAUCAUCAUCAUUUUAUAUAUCACCAUAAAAAUGAAACAACAAAAAAAAAACAAAACAACAACCGGAUCUAUUGAUUCCUAUAUAUUCAUUAAUGUGCCUGUUGAAUUUCAAUCCUGAUAAUGAUGGUGGCAAUUCAAUGAAAUGACAACAAACCAAAUGUCAAGUCCAAGCCAAAGUCAUCAAAUUUGCUCAUAUUUUAUCCAACUCCAUCUGAAUCAUCAUCCUUUUCCAGAAUUUUUUUCUUCCCUUUUUCAUUGUUUUUCAAUCAAUCAUACCUGUGAUUAAAAAUUUUUUUCCUAUCGAAAGUCUUCGAUGUCGUAUGCCUGUGUGGGAGUGUGCAUCUUCGCUCAUCUAAUAUAAAAUUGAAAAAUCAAAAAAAAAAAAAAAUAAUAAUCUAUACAUACCAUUAGAUUGAUAAAUUUCUUGCCCUUAUUUAUUGAAAAAAAAUAAUCAUUUCUAUCAUUCGAUUUUUGUUGUUAACAAAGUUUCAAUUUAUAUUCCUUC